GCUUGUUGUAAAUUCUCAUUCCUUCCAGCCGUGCGCGCGUGUUUAUUAGUGGUGUACGCAUGCCUAGAGAAACGGACAUGUUUCUAUUAGAUGUCUAUAUUUAUCGUCAACGAUUCGUAUUUACACGAAAUAGUUUACUAGGCCUAUGUUUCGUCAUGAUUUUUCCAUCACCCACUUUCGGUGGUUGUAUUUUUCCAUCUGGCCAUGUAAGAUGAACGGGCUCUGCUUUCUUAGGUCUGGAAAACACGGCACUGUGGUACAAGCGCCGAAAAAGGGUGAAUCAAUUUGAGAGAGAGGGCGGGUUGGAGAGAGAGAGAGAAAGGACGAGUGAGAGGGGAGAGAAGACGCUGACUAUAGGCUACGCCUCUGCAGUUUAAGGAAUAUAUUAAAAGGAAAGUUAUUUACUGGGUGCAGCAGCACCAGUGAGUGAGAGCCCCAGCACCCAAGGCCAGGCCCCAGUCCUCAGUGUGGAGUGAUGGAGCUGCCCCGUGUUGGGAACUGCAGAGCCAGGCGACGGACACCCCUGCUGCUGAUGUGACGGAGACACGCAAGAUGUAACUCGUGGAUUCUUCUCAAAGGCCCCACUCAAAUCCCUAGACGACAGAAAAAAAGGAGUAACAUCUGUUUAUGCACAUAUUUCUGUUAAACCCCCCUGGAAAAAACAGAGAUAGACGGAAGAUAAAACACCUUUAAAAAUGAAACAUUAAAAGGAACAAAUUGCCACUGGAGAAACUAAGCAAAGUCAACCUGGUUGAGGAAUCCAUCAUCUUGGGAUCAACAUCUUCGGAGAAAGGGCAGGGUCAUGUCCCAGUUGCCAUGCGCAUCACCACGGUGACCUGCCUUCCCUGCCCCUCCCCCCUCCUCCUCCUAUUGGUCCAGCUGCUACUGCGGCUCCUCCUCUCUGGGCCAGAAUUUGUAGGGGCCGCCUCCCCCUGCCCCACCCAUUGCAGCUGCUCCAAUCAGGCCAGUCGAGUCAUCUGUACGAGACAGAGUCUGGAUGGGGUGCCUGAGAGCAUAUCAGUCAACACACGAUACCUCAACCUGCAAGAGAAUUCAAUAGAGGUUAUCAAGUCAGACACCUUCAAGCACUUGAGGCACCUUGAGAUCCUGCAGCUGUCUAAGAACAAAAUCAGUCAGAUUGAGGUGGGAGCAUUCAAUGGCCUGCCCAACCUCAAUACGCUGGAGCUGUUCGACAACCGCCUCACCCUGGUCCCCUCACAGGCCUUCGAGUACCUCAGCAAGCUGCGGGAGCUGUGGUUACGGAACAACCCCAUCGAGACGCUGCCGGGCUACGCCUUCCACCGCGUGCCCUCGCUGCGCCGGCUGGACCUGGGAGAGCUCAAGAAGCUGGACUACAUCUCAGACGCCGCCUUCGUGGGCCUGGUCAACCUACGCUACCUGAACCUGGGCAUGUGUGGUCUGAAGGACAUCCCCAACCUGACGGCCCUGGUGCGUCUGGAGGAGCUGGAGCUGUCUGGGAACCGUCUGGAGAUCAUCCGGCCUGGCUCCUUCCAAGGCCUGGUGUCGCUCCGUAAGCUGUGGCUCAUGCACUCGCAAGUGAAGGUCAUCGAGCGCAACGCCUUCGACGACCUGAAGAACCUGGAGGAGCUCAACCUUUCCCACAACUCCCUGCACUCGCUGCCCCAUGACCUCUUCACCCCGCUGCACCAGUUGGAGCGGGUGCACCUCAACCACAACCCCUGGGUGUGCAACUGUGACGUGCUGUGGCUCAGCUGGUGGCUGAAGGAGACGGUGCCCAGUAACACUACGUGCUGCGCCCGCUGUCACGCUCCCCCCGGCCUGAAGGGCCGGUACAUCGGGGAGCUGGACCAGAGCCACUUCACCUGCUACGCUCCCGUCAUCGUGGAGCCGCCCACCGACCUCAACGUUACCGAGGGCAUGGCUGCAGAGCUGAAGUGUCGCACGGGCACCACCAUGACCUCGGUCAACUGGCUCACGCCCAACGGCACCCUGAUGACCCACGGCUCCUACCGGGUCCGGAUCUCCGUGCUGCACGACGGUACGCUCAACUUUACCAACGUCACGCUGAGGGACACGGGUCAGUACACCUGCAUGGUGACCAACUCGGCUGGCAACACCACGGCAACCGCCGUGCUUAAUGUCACUGCCGCCGACGUUGGUGUCAGCUACUUCACUACUGUCACCGUGGAGACAGUGGAGCCCAACGAGGGCCCGACAGUCUACGCGGGUGUCAUGAACAGCCACAACGAGUCAUACGUCAUUACCCCGUCUGGCCACCAGUGGAGGGGGGGGAUCCCUACCACCGCCUCCUCCCUGUCAGCCUGGUCCUUGUCCUCGUCCCGGGCCACCCGGCCCACCUUUACUGUGCCCAUCACUGCCGAGACGGGCUACUCUGGCCUUGAUGACGUGAUGAAGACCACCAAGAUCAUCAUUGGCUGCUUUGUGGCCAUUACCUUCAUGGCAGCCGUGAUGCUGGUGGUCUUCUACAAACUGAGGAAGCAGCACCAGUUGCACAAGCACCACGGCCCUGCCCGCGCCAUUGAGAUCAUCAACGUGGAGGACGAGAUUGGCGCCGGUGCUGGUGGACGCGGGAGCGGCAUCUCAGGGGGCGGCACCGUCUCUCGGGAUGGAGGCGGAGGGGGAGGAGUAGGAGGAGGGCAGAGCCUGAGGUUGCAUCACCCGGAGAUGGUCAACCUGCCCAACCUGGCCAGACAGGAGCACCUCAACCACUACUACAAGGCCCACCACUUCAACAACAACAUGAUGGGCCUGGGCAUGGGCCUCAACAACAACACCCCCUCCCUCUCCCCCUGUUCCCAGACCCAGAGCACCCCCAACUCCUGCGCACAGGGGCCCACCUCCACCAGCGGUGGCACCCCCACUGGUGGCUCGCUGCCCUCCCCUGUGCCCCUGCCCCAGCUGGGCAUCCACAGCUCUCUGAAGGGGCUCAUGGGGAAAGGCCAGAACCCUCAGAUUGAGCCUCUGCUCUUCAAGAGUGGCUCCAAGGAGAAUGUGCAAGAGACUCAGAUCUGAGAGAAAGAGAGAGACAGAUGGAAAAAUAGAGAGAGAUGAAGAGACAGAAAAACAGGGAGAUGGAGGGAGAGAGAGGAGUCUGAUUGUACUAUCCCCAUGGCCAUAUUUCGAUAGAAAGUGUAGGCAGGCAGAAUAUGAAAUAUUACAUAGACACUUCUUUGUAUGGUUAGUGCAUAGAGAGUGAGAGAGCGAGAGAGAGGAGAGAUUGUUCUCACACCUCUACUGUGUCUGCUCAACACCCGUCCAAGCAUUAACAUCUUCUGAGACACUCCAAGACCCACACAGACACACACAGCCCGACACAAGGACAGGAACAUUCUAUCAGCUAACACAUACAUAGUGCAUUAUGAGAUUGACAACUAUGUGCCAAACUUGCGCAUAUCUGUGCCAACGUAAAGCCCUUGCAAUCUAUAUAUCCAUCAGCAGCAUUCCCAGACUGAAUCAGGUGACCAGGUUCAAUACUCAGACACAAUAAUAAUCACCAUGGUUAUAACUAAAUACAGAUCACCUCGUAUAUUACCAGAUACAAUCCAAGUCACCAUGUUUAUAUAGAGAUAAGAUCUGAGUCACUCUGUUGAAGUAGGCAGAUAAGUGUUUGGGACUGUGUCAGAGCAGUACAGGGCUGCCCAGACGCACUCUGUGGAACAGGACAGAAGGGAAACCAUUGAGCAGAACACAGUUUAGUGUCGGACAACAAGCAAUGUGUAGGAAGAGGAAACAACAUCCGCAACGGUUGUGUUUUACUUAGUGGGCUCAAUCUCACUUUCUCUUUCACACCUGACUGGCUACUCUCUUUAAAGGAGAGGAAGGUAUAUGGAGUGAAUCGUCGUUAAAAAAAAAAUGUAUUAGCAAAAAGGACUACGAAAGAUACAAAUAAACUGUGAAAGUACAUAUUAUAUAUAAAUAUAUUUUCAUUCGAGGAAAUAAAUUAUGAAGAAUCUUUACCAAGUUUCUGACUAAAUAGCCACAGCUUCUGAAGAAUAUAUGAACUGCUGUCAUAGCGGUCAUCACUAUGAAAACUUUGUUUGGCUAGAAACAAGAUGGCCGACAUUCUGUGCUGGAAAGGGACAUACUGUAGUGGAGGCUGUGGAUGAGCAAGAGCUAAAAUUGGAAACUGGCACCGUGUUUGAUUUGAAUUUAUUUUGGCUUCAAUUUUUGUAGCAUCACAAAGCGUUCCCUCUCUUGCUACAUUUACAUAAACAGGGUCAUUGUAGAAGGGGGUUCUUUACUCUCCCAUUUAAUGAGAACAUAUGAAAUAUGAUUACAAAACUUCACCCUUUGAUACAAACAAUAUGGAUAUUGUAAUGAUGAUGAUAAUUAUAAUAAUUCGGUAAAUGCUUAUCAACCGUAUACUGUAGAUAGCUCUUAACAGCAGAUAUAGGUUUAGCAUGCUCUCUGAUUCAAGUGGUAAUAUCUAAAAUUGCAAUGUGAUCGGUUUCAACUUCAUGCAUUCAGUAUAUCUGUAUGCAAUAUAUCAUGAUAUUGAGAACAAAUGAUUAUUAUAAUUAUCCUCAUUAUUACUAUUAUCAUUACAUCAUACACUGAGUGUACAAAACAUUAGGAACACCUUCCUAAUAUUGAGUUGAAACCCAUUUUGCCAUCAGAACAGCCUCAAUUGGUCGGGGAAUGGACUACAAGGUGUUAAAACCGUUCCAGAGGGAUGCUGGGCCAUGUUGACUCCAAUGCAUCCCACAGUUGUCAAGUUGGCUGGAUGUCCUUUGGGUGGUGGACCAUUCUUGAUACACAUGGGAAACUGUUGAGCUUGAAAAACCUGGCAGUGUUGCAGCUAUUGACACUCUCAAACCGGUGCGCCUGGCACCUACUACCAUACCCUGUUCAAAUUCACCCGCUGAAUGGCACACAUACACAAUCCAUGUCUCAAUUGUCUCGAGGCUUAAAAAUAUGUCUUUAACCUGUCUCCUCCCCUUCAUCUACACUGAUUGAAGUGGAUUUACAGGUGACAUCAAUAAGGGAUCAUAGUCUUCACCUGGUCAGUCUAUGUCAUGGACAGAGCAGGUGUUCCUAAUGUUUUGUACAGUCAGUGUAUAGGUGGCAGAGCAGCCUAGUACAUCCUUAUGAAAGUGAUGUUUAUAAUUGAUCCAGUGGGGAAUGAUUUGAUUACACAUGGAACGAUGACGAUCGCUUCAACCACCAUAUUGACUCCAACAACAGGGGAUGGACUGUGUUCCACCAAACACCAACCUGCAGAAACAGGAAAUAUAUGGUCCUCAAAAUGGCUGCUCCCACCUGGCAUCCUCACAGCCCAUGCCUCCUCAAACUCCUCUGUUUUGUACAACAACACCAGUCUCAGCCGAUCAGGACCCCUCAUUUUAUUCUGUUGUGUAAAAGACAGGACAUGAACCUUUGAUGAAGACUGCUCGUUUGCAGGGGAUUAUAUCAGAACUCAGUGUUCUCAUGUGUGAAUGGAAUUCAUGGCAGCAGGGAGCUAAAGGAGGACAGCAUUUUGAAGCAUUUGAAAGGUAAGAGAAAUCUAUUCAGUGAAAGAGACAGAAAGCCUAGGAUUUUUUUUUUAAGGAAAAGGACAAAUAAAUGAAAAAUAUAGAAACGUAUAGAUCUCUUAAAAAAAAGCUAUUAAGUGUUUUUUUCAUUUAGUUUUUUUAUCUAGUUUGAUUAUUUCCUUUAUCUUUUUUUAAAUCAAAUGUUAUCUCAAUUGUAAUAUUGUUAUUGUUAUUAUAAUUCGAUAAUUACACUGGUUAUAAUUCUGAAAGAUGUUCUGUCAGCAGAAGUCACAUUGAAAAAUUAAAAAACCUGGCACACAAAAUGGCGGUUGAGCUCUGUGAAACUUGGUGGCAUUAGUUUUUUUGUGUUUUCUCCCCCAUUUAAUUGAAAUAUAACUGUUUGUGUGUAUCCCUUUGGCUAAUACAGCUGUGCUUGAGAUGACACAGAAUGUGAAAUGGCCUGCGAGGGGUCUUUUCCUGAACAAGGAGGACAGGAUAGAUCCUGCUUUGAUUUACAAACUUGCUCACGCUCUCUCUCACCCUGUCAUUUUCAGAAUGUCAUAGCUAUCAGUGCUCCGAGUGUGAUUUCGUUAAGUCAACACCCUGUUUCCAUGACUACCUACCCUCAGAAUAAUGCGCCAAACAGCGUCACAGCUUGCCCGAUGCCCCCUGUCAAUCAUGUUCCUUUAAGACAACAUAUCUCUCUACAAGCCGGCCAGUGUUCUUCCAACAGUAGCAAAUCACCUUUCACAGAGUGCCCAUAUCCUAACACAAUGUCCCUACAGGUUCCUGCCACCAGGUUUCCCUGGCAACUGUUGCAGCUGCGACAGUCCUCAUCAUAGCAUCUUGAUUUGGGUUUCUGAUGCAAAUAGGAGGGAACAGACAGUAUAGAAGGCUAUUAACAUAUCCAUGGUCCUCACAAUAGACAUUUAUAUUUUUUCACGGCGCUUACGCAAGUGAUUUACACAUUCAUGUUGCUUAUGGAAAUAAUGAACAUAUUCCUUUGGUUUAUUCCAGUGGCUUACAUCCUGUAUCUAUAUCCUCUACACACACUUUUGAUUUACUUAUGCAGUGAUUUACAUCGUCUAUAUCACUUCUACAUGUCAGUUGCAUAUUCCUACACCAGUGCUGAACGUAUUCAUGUACCUUGCACUUGUGAUUAACACUCAUAUCCCAUGCACCAGUUAUUAACAUAUUUAUUUUCCCAACACCAGGGAUCUUUAAUCCCCUCACUAGUUAUUUCCAUAUUAAUGUGUGUGUGUGUGUGUUCAGUGGUUCUGACAACAACUAUUCCCCCAGUACUCUGGAUGUGACUCCCUGCCUGUCUUGACACCUCAGAAAGCAUUAUGAAGCUCUUAUGAAGUGUCACAGAGAAGAGCCAAGCUAGAAAGGCUUAGUGGCAGAACGAGUUUGGCCAGUGCCCCACAGUCCCAGUAACAUCACUGCAGUGACUGAGUCACACAGCACUGAACACACACUUAACACUAAUGGAAACGCUGUGUUUACUGUGCAGGAAGAGACCCGCUCACUCAACCAUUCAGGGAAUAAGUAAAGUGUGUGUGUGUGUGUGUGUGUGUGUGUGUGUGUGUGUGUGUGCGUUCAGUUACAGUACCUACAGUAGUAUUUUCGAUUACUAUGGCAACUUGAUAUUGUUUCCAUUAUUUAGAAUGCCGCUAAAUCAGUGUGUGUGUGCAUGCGCCUGCUAGGUGAGUGUAUGUAAUGUGUGGGUUGUGUAAAGAGGAUGCAGAGAGAGAGAGGGAGGGAGGGGGCCAGUCAGACCUCCAUUUUAAAUCCCCAGUUUAGAGCAGCUCUCUGUCUGUUUCCCUCUGCUCCAGGCUGUUCUAUGAUCCUCUCACUGACACUUUAAGUAAAAACGGGAUUUCUAGUUAAGCAGGGGUUUUCCCCCCUCUCCCCUCUGCCUAUUGGGAUAAGCCCUAGAGAUCAAAGGUCUGCUCUAUCAUGGCCAGUCUCUUUAGUAUUCCACUGGCCUCUGCCUCUCUCAACUCGUAGUCAAUCUGAGGUUACGAGCUUGUGGUCAAGUCGCGUGUCACACUGCCCUAGUUAUCCUCACUGUUAAACCAGCCAAUCAAGGCUAUAGUGUUUCUUAAUUGGACAGGGGUCGAUGGCCUCGGUUAUCUUGACAUGUUUGGCUGUUCUAGCUCAGGUUCUAGCUCAGGUCCUGGUCUAAUGAUCUUUGUGUUUUUCAUGUUUCAGGGGCCUUAUUUGAGCUUGAGGUGAGCAUAGCCUUGUUUAGGUGAGACAACACCUUUAGGGAACCAGCCAGGUCCACCAUUGGAGCUGGUCCCAUAUGUGGGUGGUGUACAGAUGUAAGCCAUAGAAUUAUUCAGUUGUUAUCUUCCCGCGUAGAGUUUAGUUUAACUCUGUCACCCAACCAUUUAAAAAUAGUUGUAAAACGACAGUGGAGCCGCUACAUUAUAGUGUCAAUGAUGCAGACGCUCCAGCGCCAAAUGCAAAUGUUCCUCCCAGUUGUCAAGGCCAGAAGUGUCGAACCGCUGUAAUUUAUAAGCAUUAUUAUUGCUAUCAUAUUUUUUAAUGGCCAUCAGAUGGCCUAUGAAUACAGACCCAGAGAAACCUUGCAGCUUCUAUUGUCACACAUCAUGAUGAUGAUGGCGACUGAGACGGUGGUACGUUCAGAUGAUGAUGAUGGCGACUGAGACGGUGGUACGUUCAGAUGAUGAUGAUGAUGAUGGCGACUGAGACGGUGGUACGUUCAGAUGAUGAUGAUGAUGAUGGCGACUGAGACGGUGGUACGUUCAGAUGAUGAUGAUGAUGAGACGGUGGUACGUUCAGAUGCAGAUCUGUGUGUCUGUAGUCUCCAGUCUCCUAGUUUAACUCUACAUCAUGGUCAGACCAGAAGUCAGCGGGUGAUUUUAUUACUAUGACGCCAGUCGGUCUUCAGAUGGGUUUUAAGCAACUCUACUUCUGCGAGGCUGGUGUUUAGAUGCUCUCUUGGUUAUUCUGGUUUUGCGUGUGGUGCUGGCUCAGAGUAUUUCCUGUCCAUCUUCUCUCUGUGAGGUUUUGUGGAGGUUGAGAUCAGAUGCUCAUGGACGUCAGUCUGCGCCGUCCGUGUGAUUUGUACAAGAGCCUGCAGCCACUUAUCCAACAGGCCUCCCUGUGCCUACGCACAAACGUAGGAGAGCACAUGCGUACGUGUGCACACAUGCACAAGCACAUAUAGGCAUGAGCGCACACAUAUUUGCAGAUUGACUGACUGACUGACAUUGACUGACUGAUUGAUUGUGAAUGAUUGAUUGAAAGGGGCUUUCUUAAUGAUGUGUGUCUUUGUGCGGUGGGCUUAACACAAACCUCUCGCCAGCUCCCAGCAGGGCUGCGGUUCAGAGGCUGGGGCUUUGUGUUCUGUGAAGGUGUCCUUAAUUUGAGAACAGAGAGACAUUAACAUAAGGCUUAUUUCAUUGUUUCCUUGGCAACCAUGUUCUCUGUCACAAGAUGUCCGUUUUGGUUGACUUGGGUGGCUGACAUGUGAGUGUUAGCGUGCCGUGACGCGGGGGAGAUUAGCGGUGUCUCAUCGUGGAUGACUUCAUCUUCUGUCUGACUGUGCUGUGCUAGAGAUCAGGAAACCUCAGGUGGAGAGGAAGUUUUGUUUUUAACAACCAAAUGUAGUAUUAUUUAGAUUUCACAUGUUUUUGAGAAACUUACCCCAAUCAGUGAUUCACUUCCUCAUCCUCGUAAGGGGGCUCUGAAUAAACAUGAACAAAUUCUCCAAAAACACCCAUAUACGUUCUUUUAGGAACGGCAAAGCUCUCAGUAUAUAACCUCUAAAGACCUGCAUCACUAUUUUGAGAGCUUAUCCGUUUCCGCAAACUGGACCCUUCUAUAACAUGUCAUUUACAUCAAAAAUAGAGAUUUGGUUGCAAAAAAGCUAAAUUCUCCUUUAACACUGUUACUCCAGCACUCUAAUGGGACAUGCUGAAAAGCCUGUAAUUGUGGAGUACAGCAUAAUGGAUCUGGUCAUCAGGCUAGGCCUUCCUGAGCACACUGUAGCUGUGGUGUUCAGCUGGGACACUGUUCUUCAUGUCUUACAACACCCUGUUCUGAGAAGGAACAUUAUGGAACACUUCAUUCUAAAGGUUCAAGAACAUUAAGAUACUUGUUUUUGGAAGUUCUAGAUUAGAGAAAUUGACUCCUCUAAUCCAAAGUGUUCCAGACUUGAGAAUUGGAACCGCUAAUGACAGAUGUUCUAGAACACUCUGACAUCCCCUGCAAUGCUCGGGAACCUUCCCUGUUGAUCAGGGAUGUGUUGUGGAGUUGUUGGAUUCAUAUCGGAAUGUCCUGAACCAUCGGCGAUUAUUAAAGGAUGUGCUGAGCCAGCAGCUGUGCCCCUCUCCUCUCAGAGGACAAGCUCGCAGUCAAGUCUCCCAACAGCAACACACAUUCACCCCCCUCUGCUACUGUGCUCUCCUCUUCUCUACAGCAACACAGCACACAGAUUUACAGUUUAUGGGCGCCUUGGCUCGCCAUCAUAUUCACACUCUACUGUGUCUGAUGUUUGUUUGAAGCUGGGCGGCGGCCAUAGCGUACAUUACAAAGCUUUGAAGUGCAAAUGGCGGUCUGCUCCGCUGCACCCUAUGGAGGGCCAGUGUAGAAUAACCACGGUGUGAGAGGAAUACGCAGCCAGGGGACCAUGUGUUGAUAGUCGUUUCCUUGUGUGGGGAUAGACUGGUGCCCGCAACCCAGUGUGAUGCAGGGUCAAGUUCAAACCAGACGCCAACACUGGUGGUCAGAACCUCCCUAGUCAGCCAGGCAGCAGAGUAGAGCUGGAGGAGGAGUCAGGGCUCUGAGGGCUGACCUGACUAAGUCGCCUAAAAGCGUUUUCUAAAUGGCAUAUAAUUGUUCUAUUAUAUUACCUCCAGAAUCAAUGCAAUGAACAAACUUGAAAGGGAGAAGCAGAGUAGCAGUAAACAUUCAUCAAUAUCAAAUCAAGUUUAAUGGGGCAACCCUCAGUUCUAACAAAGCACCUCCCCGCCAUUGUUUUGGUAAAAGGCUGAGGGAUUGGGCAUUGUAACCACUCUCAAAUUCAUAGGCAAUGUAACCACUCUCAAAUUCAUAGGCAAUGUAACCACUCUCAAAUUCAUAGGCAAUGUAACCACUCUCAAAUUCAUAGGCAAUGUAACCACUCUCAAAUUCAUAGGCAAUGUAACCACUCUCAAGUUCAUAGGCAAUGUAACCACUCUCAAGUUCAUAGGCAAAGCUAUGGAUGCAAGUACUGACCUCGCAUCCAUGAUAUCAACACUCUAGCUCUAACUAUGUUUUAAGGCUAUACAGUGUUUGUUUACGUUUACUUUGUUUACAAACAUUGGAGUAAAACAAGCUAAUAGUUUGGAGUUGAACUAAGCCCAUGAGGGAUUUAGAAGUUAGAUUCUUCAAGAAUCAAUGCGUACAUUGAAUGAAUACAUCUAUUGAUGCUCAUGGACACAUCAGUGAUGCAACCUGAGGUCAUUUGGUGUUUGGGGUCUUUCAACGUGGAUUUAUAAGGCCCUUUAACUGGAGAUAUUGAUUUUGUCUUAACUUUUACAUUUUUUUAACUUGUUGUCUCCCCCUGUCAGUUUUGGAGGUGUGCUGCUGUCCUCAUUGGUGCUGAUGUAUUUAUUCAGGCUGGUCUCCUUCAACCUCCGUCUCUGACACCCCCCUUUGACACUUUAUUUUUACCCCGCCCCACACCAUCAGCCACCAGCUGGCAGAGUGUGGCUUCUAAUGCGCUCAAACCCUGGUGUUACUUAACACGUUUACCUCGUGUUCACCAUACAUUUACCUCACAGGAGGUUGGUGGCAUCUUAAAUGGGGAGGACUGGCUCAUGGUAAUGGCUGGAGCGGAAUCAGGGAAUUGGUAUCAAAUACAUCUAGCACAUGUUUCCAGGUGUUUGAUGCCAUUCCAUUUGCUCCGUUCCAGCCAUUAUUAUGAGUCGUCCUCCCCUCAGCAGCCUCCUGUGCUUUACCUCAUAUAUCCAACAUGGUCGCCCACAGUGUAUACCUCACUCACCACAGAACAACCCUUUUCCCCUCAGGCAGACAACUCCCUCUCACAGACAGACAGAGAGACAGGAGGAAUGAGCGAUGAGGUUGACUGUCAGAGGACACUGAGACGUCCUGUCACUCCUUAUCCUGUCUGGGUACUGGCCUGGGUAUGCUACACUGUAUCUGUGUGUAUAUACACUGUAUUUGUGUAUAUCUGUGUGUGUACGAGUGUGUGUGCCUGUCUAUAUGUGUGCGUGCAUUCCCAUGUGCUUGUACACAGUUGUGCGUUAAUGAGUGUGUGCGGUGUGCUUGGGUAUAAGAGCAUGUGUGUGCAGCGUGUGUAAGAGCAUGUAACGUGUGUGUGUGUGUGUGUGAAGAAGAGAGCGGGACAUGAGGGGGAACGCUGCGGUGCUUAUAUGUCAACCAGUGCUGGAGGGGCCGAUGACUCUAAUCCUCACCCACGGGAAGUGAAGGAGCAUGGCUGACUUACCCCCUUUCUCCUUGUCUCCCUUUUCUCACCCUGUCCCUCAGAAAUGUAGAUAAAGCAUCAGUCUCUGCCUGUCCCUGCCUCGCUCUGAGUCACACACACACACACACACGCGCGUGCGCGCGUUAUUUCAACCCUAACCCUCUCUCAGGAAAAAAGGGAAAAUUAACACUACAACAAGCCUACACUUGAGAUAUUUCCUUCCCUCUGUUUAAUUAAACAUAGACUCCAUCUGCUCUUUUGGUUCGCUUCUUCUUUUCUUCUGCAAUAUUGACUAUGGUUGUUCUCGUGAUUGUUUCUUAUGACUUUGUUCUAGCCUGUUCUAACCAUGGGUGUGUGUAUUAACACUGGACACAUGUCACGUGUGUGUGGAGGAGGGGUCAUUUGUUCUGCUUAAAGGUUCCGUGCCAAAUCUUUUUCAGACCAUUCAACCUCUGUUCAUGUGCCAUACUGAGACAUUUAUGGAAUAAAAAUUACGUUGUUUUUUCACAUAA